AUGAGCGACAGCCAGCAACCCACGCUUCCAGUGCCCGCAGCUGACGUGGCGCGUCCGUCACGUGGCAUUCAGGAUGCUGCUGUGCUCGCGAGCCCCGCCACAGCAGCUGCAAGCCACAGCGACACGGGGAGGCAGGGGAGCGGCGGAUCUUCCUCGUGUGGCGCCGCAGCAGCAGCAGCGGGUUCGGAUAAGAGCAGGGCGUCGAAUCUAGCGGGCGCCACGGCAUCUGAGCAUUUUAGUAGAAGCAGCACGAGAAGCGCGCACGCGGAUCAGCGGCCGCUCGCCGCUGCUGCUGCGCCGUGCGACGCGGAGCCCAAUGCUAGUACCACUGGGCAGCAGCGCGCCGAGCUCGCGAGCCAGAUUGACCUGGGAUCGCCGCAAAGCACCAAUUGCGGCGGCAGCGCAUCGACGGCGAGCGCGGGUGCUGGCUCCAGGAGGAACUGUGUGGCGCAAGAGGUGGAAACAGGCAGCGGCGCGGCUUGUAUCUGCCGCGCCAGUCGUCGUCGGCGGAAGUGCGCCCUUCCGCUUACAUCCGCGGACGAGGUGACGGGGUCCGACUAUUGCUACGCCAGCCACGUGGGAUUCUUCGACGCGCCCCCCUCGUGCGUCUGCGCGAGCGCGGAUUCCGCGGGCGGAAUCGAGCGCGCGCAGCGGUGGGAGCGGUGGAUGGACGGCGCGAGCCUCGUGGCGCACAUCACGCCGUUCGCCAUCGUCGGGGUGCGUGUCACCCCCCGCGCGCGCGCACUCUCCCCAACCGCUCCCUCCCGCAUCAACUCCCACCACGCAUCCACGCCCCUGCGAAACUCUUCCGUUCCCCCUCUAAUCCCCUUCAGCCCUACCCUGUAUCCUUCCUCCCGCUCCCCCCGCUCCCCUCCGCGCGCGCAGGUGUGCAUUCAGUUUCUAUUGGACGAGCUAUUCGGGCCGAACGUGGCGCACGUGACGGACGACGCGCUGACGGUCUUCGUCGACCUGCCGGCCAACAUGCUCGGCGCGUUCCUGCUCGGCCUCUCCGCCGUCGCGCUCCUCCCCGCGCUGCUCGCGCGCUCACGCCACCUCGCCAUCGCUGUCGUCGUCGGGCUGUGCGGCAGCAUAUCAACGUUCGCCACGUGGAACCAGCGCAUGGUCUCCAUCGCCACCGCGGGGCUGUGGGCGCGCGCCGCCUUCGGGUACUUCACCGGCUCCGCGCUCCCCCUCGUCGCGCUCGUCGCGGGCGUCGACGCGGGGACGGCCAUCCGCCAGUCCUCCGCCUUCGCGGGCGCCCCCCACGCGUCCUCCCUCCUGCCCUCCACGCUUCCAAGCACAAAGGUCCCCGCGCCUGCUCCGCCAACGGUUCCCCCACACCAUCGCCGCCACAUGCUCCCCAUGCUGCUGCUCUCCGCCGCCUUGCUGCUGCUGGCGGGAAUCUGCGCGCUGCUGCUCCCCCCCACCGCGCACAAGUGGCGCAUGCUGGCUUGCGCCUGCCUCCUCGCCCCCCUGGGCACGCACCUCCGCUUCCUCCUCCUGUGCUUCAACCGGGGUCCUUUCCCCCUCCGCCUCCCCUUUCUCCCCUGCGCCCGCUCCUCCCAUUCCGCGUCGGAAACGGCCCUGCUGCCGGAGGACGGUGCGGGCGCGGGCGCGUGGGAGUGGAUGCCGUGGGGCACGUGGAUGGCGAACGUGGGGGCGGCGGCAGUGGAAGCCGCCAUCUCCAUCCUCUUCCUCAAGGUGCGCCCCUCCCGCCCCUCCCUUGCACACCCCUCUCUGCCCCACCCACCUCUGCACCCCUCCCCACAUCAUCCACACCACUCUUGCCACCCCCUCACUCUCCCCAUCCUCGUCCUCCUUCGCUCCCCUGCCUUCCCCGUCUCCACCCCUCUUCAGUACCAGAGCACGACAAGCGAGGUGGCAGUGGGGGCGAUGCAGCUGGGCUUUCUGGCGUGUCUCAGCACCGUGUCAAUGCCGUCCCUAGAGGCCCUCUACCUGCAUUACACGCUGCGCUCGCCAGCCAAGGCCUACGCCUAUGCGCUGCUCACCAUCCUGCCCUCCUUUGCCCUCGGCCUGCUACUCUACUCGCUGCCCUGCUGGCUCAACGGCUAUGACUCCCUCUACAAUCACGUCGGCACCUCCCUGUAA